GCCCCCUGGCGGUGGGGUGGGGGGGCGGAGUGGGCCCGGUACCGCCAUCCCCGGAGCCGGGCCCGGCCACAGCGCCUGACCCCGGCGCUCUCUGCCCCGCCGUGCGGUCCCGGUGCCGCUGCGGGGCCCCAAUCCGGUGCUCCUCGGACCCCCCCCAGCCCCACUGCGAUGUUCCGGUGCCCCCUCCCACGCCCCCCGCCGGUGUCCCGCUCCCAAUGCCCCUCUCCCGAGCUCACCCGCUGCUCUGCCCACGCUCUCCCGGUCCAGGGCCCCCCCCGGCACCAUGAGCACCGAGACCUUCGUGAAGGACAUCAAACCGGGCCUGAAGAACCUCAACCUCAUCUUCAUCGUCCUGGAGACGGGCCGUGUGACGAAGACAAAGGACGGCCACGAGGUGCGGACGUGUAAAGUGGCCGACAAGACGGGCAGCAUCAACAUCUCGGUGUGGGACGACGUGGGGAACCUCAUCCAGCCCGGGGACAUCAUCCGCCUCACCAAGGGCUACGCCUCCGUCUUCAAGGGCUGCCUGACGCUGUACACGGGGCGCGGAGGGGACCUGCAGAAGAUUGGCGAGUUCUGCAUGGUGUACUCCGAGGUGCCCAACUUCAGCGAGCCCAACCCCGAAUACGUGGCACAGCAGAGCAAAGGGACCCCAAAUGAGAACGCGACGACGGCCGCCCCGCAGAGCACCCCGGGUCCCCCCCCGGCCACAGCCGCAGCCCCUGACAGCCAGAAUGGAAACGGGCUGAGCUCGGGGGGUCCCACGCACCCCCCCAGCGCCCCCGCGCACCCCCCCAGCGGCCGCAUCACCCGCAGCCAACCUGGGCACCCCCCCGGCCCCGUCAGCAACGGCAAAGAGACGCGGAGGAGCAGCAAGAGAUAACAGGUCCGGACUGUGCUGUGGGGGGGUCCCGGCCCCCAGCUCCAAAUGGGGGCAAGGACGGACCCCCCCCCCCCCCCCCCCCACUCCCCAGCCUACAGCCUGGGGACCCCCCCACCCCCCCUGGGCCGAGUCCUGGCCAGAAAGGGCUGAGCUGCGCGGCAGCCCUGGGAUCCGGGGGGGGGGGGGGGGGCACAGCCCCAUGUCCCCCAGCCCCCCCCCCACCCACGGCCUUUUGGGGGUGUCAAUAAAAGUGGAGCUCCCCCCA